CAUCUCACGCACCCGGAAGCCAGCGACGACACUAUCACCCAGCGACGUCCCACCACAACACCGCCAACAUGUCCGAGUCUCAAGGCCACCGUCUAUAUGUGAAGGGCAAGCACCUUUCAUACCAGAGAGGCAAGCGCAACACCAACCCAAACACAUCGCUCAUCAAGGUUGAGGGCGUCGACGACCCCAAGGCCGCAUCGUUCUACCUGGGCAAGCGCAUCGCAUACGUCUACCGCGCCAAGAAGGAAAUCAGAGGAUCCAAGAUCCGAGUCAUCUGGGGCAAGGUCACACGAACACACGGCAACUCCGGAUUGGUACGCGCACAGUUCAGGCACAACCUGCCAUCCAAGUCGUUCGGCGCCAUGGUGCGCAUCAUGCUCUACCCAUCCUCGAUAUAGAUACGACCAGCCGCAUGAUACCUGCGAUCAAUACGACAUGCAUUCGGGAGCGAUGAGGAGGGUGACGGCUUUGGGCGGCAGUGUAGACAGCAGGAGGACGCAGUAGGGCUUGGUUGUCUCGAAGCGAUCUGCCUGCUGUCACCACCAUAGGCGAUGGCGUCAAAAGGAAAUUCGUCAGGAUGACAGAUAAGCGGUCCUGUUUCUCAGCCACGGAAAGAAUAAGACAUUCAACCCCAAAAGAGAAGCCCUUGAUGAAAACAUAUCAGCGCGAAUAUCCAGCUGACGCAUGAUGUCCAAUAUUGAGAGAAUACCGUUUCGUGGCCUUCGGCCAGCUGUGAUGUACGCCAUGAAACAGAGGAACUGACUCAGCAGAUGACAACGCGAAGAAGGACCGAUCAUAACAGAGCCGCACCAUACCGUCCACUGCGUUCGCCAUGUUUUGAUACGAAUGGACUUGAAAAAACCUUCCAGUUACUCAGCGCCCCCUUCAACACGACUCCCCACAGCUAGCUAGCCUCUGUCCACCCCUUGGCCCCUCACUUUCACCGACAUAUCUCCCCUUCGCCAGUCCCACCCAAUCCCGUACAACUAGGUACCAUACGCCUGAUCGAGAGCCCUGCUUCUUCAACAGAG